AUGCGUCAAAGCUACAGCGUGGUGCUUGUUGGCACCUUCCUGUCGGCAGCCGCCCCGGUUUCUGCCAACAACCUGCCCAGAGGUGUCGGUCCAGAAUUUGCCAAGUACUUCGAGUCCAAGGACUCCUUCACCUGCAUCACCCACCCCGAAAUCAAGCUGAGCGUGAAGCAAAUCAACGACAACACCUGCGACUGUCCAGAUGGCUCCGAUGAGCCUGGCACCUCCGCCUGCGCCCACCUCGACCCCCUCUCUCCUCCCCAGCCCUUCGUCGGCUCCAAGACAGGCACAACCAGCACGGCCACUGCCCUCCCGGGAUUCUGGUGCGCCAAUGAGGGCCACAUCGGAGCUUACGUCCCCUUCAUGUACGUCAAUGACGGCCAUUGCGACUACGACAUUUGCUGCGAUGGCACUGAGGAGUAUGGCAAGGUCGGAGGCGUCAAGUGCCCGAACAAGUGCAACGAGAUCGGCAAGGAGUUCCGCCGCGUCGAGGCUGAGAGGAAGGCGGCCAUCGACAAGGCUGGUAAGAGACGCAAGACGAUGGCCAAGGAGUCCAGGGAGCUUCGCCGCCGUGUCGAGGUCAAGGUCAACAGCUUGAAGGAGGAGGUCAAGAACCUAGAGACCAAGAAGGAGGAGCUUGAGCAGAAGCUCCACGAGACGGAGCGUUCCGAGCGGGGCAAGGUCGUCAAGGGCGAGGGCUCUGGUGGAAAGCUUGGCACUCUCGUUAACCUGGCCAAGAGCCGCGUCGCUGAGCUCCGCGAGACCCUCGAAGACGUCGUUGCCCAGCGUGACGACCUCCGCAACAAGGUCGGCGAGCUUGAGGGCAUCCUGAGGAGAUUCAAGGAAGAGUACAAUCCCAACUUCAACGACGAGGGCGUUAAGCGCGCCGUCAAGGGAUUCGAGGACUACUCUGCCAACUCCGUCACCGAGACCAAGUCGGACGAUCUCGAGGCUGACAUCAGGGAGGUCCUGGUCGAGGACAAUGAGAGCUCUGGCAUCAACUGGAAGGAGUUCGAGGAGGCUGAAGGCUCCGACACUGACAUCCUCUACAACUUUGAGGCCUACCUGCCUGCUCCCGCCCGCGAGUUUGUCCGCGACAAGGUCACCGCCAUUCGUGGCUGGCUCAUUGACAACGGCUUGAUGGUUGAUAACACCCCCGCCGGCUCCGAGUCUCGCCUCGUCACCGUCGCCCGCGAUGCUUUCAACGCCGCCAACAACGACCUCAACGAGAAGCGCCGCCAGCUCGAGAACGAGGAGAAGGAUCUCGAGAAGGACUACGGCACCGACGACAUCUUCCGUGUUCUGAGCCAAAAGUGCGUCAGCACCGAGGCUGGCGAGUACGAGUACGAGCUUUGCUGGAUGGACAAGACCAACCAAAAGUCCAAGAAGGGCCACGGCAACACCAACAUGGGCAACUUUGUCCGCAUCGACCGGGAGAUGGCCGACGACGAGGAGCGCACCGAUGGCAAGAGCCUGGGCAAGGGUCUCCGCAUGGUCAUGCGCUUCGAGAACGGUCAGGGCUGCUGGAACGGACCCCAGAGACGCACCGACGUCUGGCUGGCUUGCAGCGAGACAGAGGAGCUGUGGAAGGUGUCCGAGUCGGAGAAGUGCGUCUACAAGAUGGAGGUGGGCACGCCUGCUGCCUGCGACGACCUGCUUGAGCCCCCUGAGCCCAAGUCCAAGGACGAACUGUAA